AUGAGAUUCUCCCUGACUCGUACUUGUCCGAUAUCAACUUCACACUCGCAUUCCAACUCGAGCUUCAUUGAAGUUAUACCUCACGUCACUAUUUCCCCUAGCCCCACCUACCAUCCUCAAAAUACACCAUUCUCUUCAGAACCAUGUGCGAAUACACAAGGAACUACUACAUCUACACUUCAUGUAUCGAUCCCGGAGCUCACUACUUCUCAACCUCCAUCGACGGAAGCAAAGAACGCCAAUGUGCAAAGGGGCCCCAUGAACGAUACAUUGUCGUGCCCGGGCAUUGCCCUUUAUGCUCAUGAACGUCGACGUCAUCACCAAUCCUCCGGAAUCUCUAUGAGGUUCCACAUAUCACAUUCGACUUCACGUACCAUGAUUGACACUUUUAUUUCGCGUUUGACCUUGCACCAAUACCCCCAACAUCACAUGGCAGGAUUUUGGACGAUUUUCUUCCGAAACAAAUUCCGGGCAUCAACAUAG